AUGAUCCGCUUCAUCCUCGUGCAGAACCGGCAGGGCAAGACGCGGCUGAGCAAGUUCUACGUUCCGUACGACGACGACGAAAAGAUCCGUCUGCGCGGCGAGGUGCAUCGCCUCAUUGCACCACGCGAUCAAAAGUACCAGUCCAACUUUGUCGAGUUCCGCAACUACAAGCUGGUGUAUCGUCGGUAUGCGGGGCUCUUCUUCUGCGUAUGCGUGGAUGCAAACGACAACGAGCUGGCUUAUCUCGAAGCCAUCCACCUCUUUGUCGAGGUCCUAGAUGCGUUCUUCGGGAACGUGUGCGAGCUCGACCUGGUCUUCAACUUUUACAAGGUAUACGCUAUCCUCGACGAGGUCUUUCUCGCCGGCGAGAUCGAAGAGACUAGCAAACACGUCGUGCUCGCGCGACUAGACCAACCACUGGCUAUCGACUGA